UUUGUUUUACUGUACAAACUUUACGAUCUCUCCAGGUGUCAGAUCUCCUCAGAGAGCAGCUUUUCCUCCAAUCAGAGCUCAGCUACGACGGUCACACCCCCACCACCAACCCCUCCUCCCGAUCGUCCAGUCCAGGCCGAGGAGGUAGAGACCACGAGCAGAGUCAGGGUGUGUACCGGGCGUCGAUCAACAUUACCCCUGUCCUUCCUCCUCGACCCAACACACGAGCAGAGGAGGAGGAGGAAGAGGAGCGAAAGAUUGGAGGGGAGGGAGGAGGAGGUGGAGAAGCUCCAGAGGAAGGAGCAGCAGGAGCAGUCGGAGUGGGGAACCUGCAGCAGCUCAUCAGAGAGAUUCGAGAGAGCGUGGCGCAGGAGGUCCGACGGGAGAUCUACAGCGAGCUGCUGGCUGCCGUGUCGCCACGGCAAUCGCCCCUGCCCCCCAGACAACACCACCUGUAGCCAUGGCGACAGCUGAGCAACCCCCCCCUCUCCUGUUUGCCUUCAGCCUUAGCAACCACAGCCUGAGCAGCACCACUGUCCGUCUGUAACACUGUAUAGCUGAGUAACACUGUCUGUGUGGAACACUAUGUGUCUGUAACACUGUAUGUCUGUAACACUGAUGAUGAAACGUGACGCAACCCGCCCACCUCGCUUGUGACCCGCCCCCCUGGUUUUUAACACGCUCGCUCGACAGGACGAAGAGAGGUGGCGCCCGCUGUCUCAGUUGGUUUGAUGAAAGUGGUCUGAUGCAUGCUGGGAACGCCAGUCUGGACGAGCCUGUUCACGCCGCCCCCUCCAGCAUACAUUCCCCUGUGAGCCAUCAUUCAUGUGUUUUUUAUUCUGCCCCACACCCUGUUUACUUUUUCUAACCUGAUCAAAUGCCAGGUUUAGAACUACUACCACUAAAAGUAUAAUAUAACUACGAGUACUGCUUACAGUACUGCUUACAGUACUGCCAUCAUCUCCUCCACCACUAACAUACGAUUUAUGUUCUGAUAUUUCUGUUUUCCUACUAAAUACAGCUAGUAGCUAGUAGUAACAAGUAUUUAAAUGUGUUGUCGGAGCACAGGAGAUCGCCUUCCCUUGGAAAUACUUUAAAUGUCCUAAUCAUCUUUUAAUCUUUCUUCAAGUGAGAGAGAAAUUCUUUAUUUUUUGGGGGGAUGCCGAGGCUCAAACUCUUUUAUACCUUAAGGUUACUCAUUCCAUGCACAUUUCAGCGAAUCAUGAAAGGUUUUAAGACGGAGUCAAACUAUUGACACUUUCUCAUCAUCAUCACCACCCUCAUCAUCAUCAUCCUCAUCAUCGUCAAUCGUGCCACUCUUCCUCCUUCACAGCUGAUUCUGUUCAUUUCCAUGUUUUUCUCUGCCAGGUUCGAUCGUAACAUUCAACAGAUCUUUGUCACGGUAACUUUUUCAGCAUUUUAAAUUGAGUUUAGUUUUUGUAAACUGCGUUAGAUUUGUUGGAGCAUGGAUUGAUAGGCUAGCAGUUUCCCCCCACUUCCAGUGUUUGUGCUUAGCUAAGCUAAACACAUCCUGAACUCGACGAUAUUCGUGGCUGCUCCUUUAACUCUCAUUGGUUGUUGGUGAACAGGUGAUGAGGUUAGUGUGUGAGGUCCUCAAUGGCAGCAGCAGGUUUUGGUAAGUUGUCACGGUGACAGUGG